AUGACAAGAAAGAAGGUGAAGUUGGCUUACAUUCCUGAUGACUCAGCAAGAAAAGCAACAUUCAAGAAAAGGAAGAGGGGAAUUCUGAAGAAGGUGAAUGAACUCAGCAUUCUAUGCGGCAUUGAAGCUUGUGCUAUAAUCUCGAACCCUUUUGAAUCUGAAGAAGCAGAGGUUUGGCCAGAUCCAGAGAGGGCCAAAGAAGUGAUUGAGAAGUACAGUAAUUCAUCUGUGAUUGACGAAAGUAAGAACAUGAAUCAAGAAAGCUUCAUGCUGCAGAGAAUCGCUAAAGCGAAGGAGUUGCUGAAGAAGAAGCGUAAGGAGAAUCGUGAAAAGGAGAUGCUUCUUUCUAUGUAUAAGUACAUGAAAAGUGAUCAAGAACUACCGGAUAACAUGACUGUUGCAGAUUUGAAACAACUUGAUAAUCUCAUUGAUCAGAGUAUGAAGGACAUUGAAAUUAAGAUGGUUCUUGAAGAUGAUGAUGAAUAG